AUGUCCUUGGUUUCGGAGCAAACACUGCAUGGAAAGGUUGAUUGUAGGCAUGGAAUCAACGAAGAGGCUCUAUUUGCAGCUUGUGUGGACGCAAAUUGGAGCAAUGCGAGUGCAUCAGAUCUAGUUGAUGGAAUCGCAAAGGCUAUCAACUCUGCCAGUGACUACCUUGGGCUAGUCGAGUAUAGAGAUGUGGGCCCAAAAUGGCAUUGGAAUAUUUCUAAAAUGUCGAAGGGAAGAAACACAGUCAUUGAGAUUUUGCAACAGUCGGGUUUAUCCACGCGACUGGAUACGAUGAAAAUUCAAUCGAUAUCACAUGUGAUCCAAUCAUUUUCAAAAUGCAAAUCUACUGAAAUUUCAGAAUGGGUGAAAACAAAAUUUCUUGAACUUCUUACUCAAGUAUCUGAUUGCGACACAGAGGGCUCUUUCAGGGAACGCAAAGAUGCUGGAUUAUCCUUGAUCUUCGCGUUCGGAACAUUGUUGUUACUGGAUCAAUUGGGUGUUCAUCAAUUGUCGUACUCUCCAGUUCCGAUAGCAUCUCUUGAAGCUCCGUAUGCUAAGUUGCUUGUCAGUAUGAUGGUGAACAUGAACGAUACUGAAAUCCUCGCAAAGUCGACACCCUUGGGAGUAGGGCUGCUUCGCGUAUGCUCAAAUAAAACGAGUGCAGAUCCAGGCCACAGCUUGUUUUCCAACCGAAUGUUGCUUCGAGGAGUAGGGCAUGGUGAGAGCUUGCGAAUGCAUGCAGCCCAACAAGUGUCGAUUUCAAUUGCAGAAACACUGCAAGAUGAAGCCACGACGCCGUCUUUCACAAAACGUUUUGCCUCGGAUUUGUGGAUGAACGACACUAUCGUUCAUAUGGAAACAAAUUUGGACGAUACUACUGGUGAAAGCUUGGCAUUUGCCAUCAGCUUACUGUUGGAUAAUGGUGCGAUUGAUGCGUUUGUUACUCCGAUUGUAAUGAAGAAGGGGCGCCCUGCACAUACGCUCCACUGCUUGUGCAAGGACGAAACAAAGGACGGGUCCGCAAAAGUAAAAAAGCUGCUCGAGCUGAUAUUCCGACACACAACGACUUUGGGUAUUAGAAUAUAUGAUGACAUGCCAAGAGCGAAACUCUGUCGAUCAACGGUCACUGUACAAACACCAUACGUGGAUACAUCAAGGGGGGGGAAAGUGGACGUGAAGGUUUCUAGCUUCAGGACUGGAGAAGUUAUCGCAGCGAAAGCUGAAUUCGAUCAUUGCAAGGAUAUCGCCAUGGAGACUGGCAUCCCGCUGAGUUUGGUAUCUGAUCAUGCGUUGAAAAUAGCUCGUAAGGAGCAUCAAAGCUCGAGAACAGAGACUACAGGCCUGUAA